UAUAUCGUAUCACGAUUUAACGAACCUAACGUCCUAACCUAACAGCAGUAACAGCAAACAGCACUGUUUGUGCAACACAAUUUCGUGCAACGUUGUUCAGCGCGAUGAUCUCGUCACGAUUUCUUCAAGUUUCCUAAUUUCUCACGUUUCACGCCGUUUCACUUCGUCCGGUUAAUUUCGUUCGACAAACACUUGUGCGCGCGGUCUCGUCCAGAAUAGUCUGGAACCUGGAACAGUCUCGAUGGUUAAAGUGGUUAAACGAUCAGCUGUUCGGCAUCAUGCAAAUUCUCGUCUCGUGAAAUUAAAGAUCGUAAUCUUUAUAAAUAAUUUACGAUUUUCGUACGACACUUGAAAUCUGUGAUAAGUGGUUGAAAGAAGUAACGGGAUUGGAACUGCGGAAACAUGCCUCAAGGAAGGCGAAAAACUCCGUUUAGCGGAAAAGCCAAAAGGCAGCAGAUGCAGGCUAAAAAGCAGCGGCAACGAACCUUGGUUGUAAAUUCAGAUGACGAGGAAAGCUGCAGCAAUGAGAGCAAUGUUGAACAUAAGAGACAAGUGAUGAAGAUAAACGAACAACCAAAAGAUAGCAAAUCUUCAAGGAAUAGAUACGCACUACAAUUCUUUCAGGAGUCCAACGAGAAAUUGCGAAAGCGCAAGGAACGAGCUUUUAAAAGUAUCGAACCUGCGAGUCUUAAGGAUCAAGAGAUUUCCGAUAAUUAUUUUCCACCUGGGAUUGACAUGCCAAAGCGACCUCCAUGGGAUUUCAGUAUGACAAAGGAGCAAUUGGAGAUAAGAGAACAGAGAUAUUUCACAGAAUACUUAAAUAGCAUGGAGGAAUUAGCUAGCUUGAGCUACUUCGAAUUGAAUUUAGAAACCUGGCGACAAUUGUGGAGAGUUCUAGAGAUGUCAGACGUCCUACUGAUUAUCGUUGACAUCAGAUAUCCCGUUCUGAUGUUCCCUCCGUAUUUGUACGAUUAUGUGACGAAGAAACUGAAGAAAGAUAUGAUUUUGGUGUUAAACAAAGUCGAUCUAGCACCUCCAGCGUUGGUAGUGGCUUGGAAAGAGUAUUUUCACAAUCAAUAUCCAAAAUUAUACAUUCUAAUGUUUACAUCGUAUCCCACUUACAAUCUCCGUAAUAAUACGAAUAACGAGGAAGGUUUAAAGAAAAGAACUCGUAAAGGAAAAUUGAGAAUGGCCGCGGAAGGGGCGCAGAAAUUGCUGGAAGCUUGCAAAGAUAUUGUCGGGGAUAAAGUCGACCUAAGUACCUGGUAUGAGAAAAUUCAGGAGGAGAUGCACUUGGAAUACGAUUUAGAUGACAUAAAUCACAAGGAUAACGUGACAAUAGAAAAGGAGGAUACCACUUAUUUUGAACAUGAAAAAUACAAAAAUGGAGUUUUGACCAUUGGGUGUAUUGGAACGCCGAAUGUUGGAAAGUCUUCUUUGAUGAAUGCGUUGAUGGGUAAGAAAGUCGUGAGUGUGUCUCGCACUCCUGGUCACACUAAGCACUUUCAGACUAUUUAUCUCACAAAGACUGUGUGUCUGUGUGAUUGUCCUGGUUUGGUCUUUCCCUCGACUGUACCCAAAGAGUUACAGAUACUAAUGGGUUCAUUCCCGAUCGCUCAAGUUAGGGAACCGUAUACUGUCAUACAAUUUUUGGCCGAAAGAGUGAAUCUACCAAAACUGUUAAAACUUCCACAUCCAGAGAAUGAUGACACGUGGUCCGCUAUGGAUAUCUGCGACGCAUGGGCUAUCAAAAAGGAUUUCAAGACGGCGCGAGCGGCUAGAUUGGAUACAUAUAGAGCGGCAAAUUCGUUGCUACGAAUGACAUUAGAAGGAAAAAUUUGUUUGUACAUAUACCCGCCGAAUUGGACCAUUGAUAAAAAAAAAUGGGAAAAUCACGCAGAUGUUGAGACUGUAAAAUGGAUUCAAGCUAGGAAUAAAGGGGAUCAUUUCAGUACACCUACUGAAAAUAUGUCUUCUGAAGGUGAAGAAAGUGACGAUGAAAGACUGACGCAAUCUUCUGGAAGUGCAGCAAAUGAUGCAGUGAAUGAGUCAACGGAAUCGUCAAACGAGGAAAACGAUGUACCGCUUGCACCUAAUAAGUUUUCAUUGUUAUCUGCGGAAUAAUAAAAUAGUUUAUUAUAUCGCAUCUUA